CACGUGAGGCGGGGCCGGUGACGUAGUUGUGAUCACGUGUGGCGUUGUGUGGCGGCCGGCGGGAGGAGCAGCGCGAGCUCAGGGUUUAGGAGCCGUUGCUGUGGACGGAAAGACGGGGACGUGAGUUGCUAUUGAGGGCGGCCAGGGUGCCGUUGAGCCCCCGUCUGCUCAGUGUGCGGGCUGAGCUUCGUUGGAGGACCAGAUGACAGGGCACAACAAGAAGAAGCUUUAUGAGUGCGAUGUGUGUGGCAAGGCCUGGCAGAAGCCGAGCCAGCUGGAUAUCCACCGGCGGGUUCACACAGGAGAACGCCCCUUUGACUGCUCCGACUGCAGCAAGUGCUUCAAAACGGUGCAGGACCUGAAGGCCCACCGACAGGUGCACACGGGCGAGAAGCCCUAUGGCUGCUCCACCUGCGGCGAGAGGUUUGCCUGGUUGUCGGGGAUGAGGAACCACCAGCGGGUGCACAGCAGUGAACGGCCCUUCACCUGCUCCGACUGCGGCAAAGGUUUCAAGUCGCCCGCGGACCUGAAGGAGCAUAGGCGCGUGCACUCCGGGGAGCGGCCCUAUACCUGCAGCGACUGCGGCAAGAGCUUCAUCCGCUCCAACGAGAUGCUGAGGCACCAGCUCACCCACACCGGCGAGAGGCCCUACACCUGCGCGCAGUGCGGCAAGGGCUUCAUCCGCUCCAACGAGAUGCUGAGGCACCAGCGCACCCACACCAGCGAGCGCCCCUUCACCUGCGCCCAGUGCGACAAGGGCUUCACCCGCUCCAGCCACCUGCUGAGGCACCAGAUUACCCACACUGGGGAGCGCCCCUUCAUCUGUGCCCAGUGCGGCAAAGGCUUCACCCUCUCCAGCAGCCUGCUAAGGCACCAGCGCAUCCACACCGGCGAGCGCCCCCACACCUGCGCCCAGUGCGGCAAGAGCUUCAUCCGCUCCACCGAGCUGCUGUCCCACCAGCGGGUGCACGCCGCCGACCAUCCCGUCCCCAGCCCGGUUCGUGGAGAGCGCUUUGCCAUGGCCUCCCACGCUCUGUCUCAGCAGCGCGUGCACACCAGUGGCCAGCCCUACAACUGCCUGUACUGUGGUGACGCGUUUGACAGCUCACGGGGGUUGCGACAGCACCGGCGGGCCCACGCCGGCGAACAGCUGCUCCCACUGCGGCAAGCAUUUCAAGAGCGCACGGGGGCUGCGUGAGCACCAGCGGAUACACACCGGAGAGAGACCCUUAGUGUGUGCUGAGUGUGGCAAGGCUGUGGCAGCACCGGCAUACCCACAGCGGUGAGCGUCCAUUCCACUGCUGUUAGAUAGGACACAAAAUGUUGGAUGGAAUGGGUAACGUUUUGGGUUGAGACCCUCUUCAAUCUCGACACCCAUUCAUUCUCUCCAGAGAUGCAAGUUGGGCUGAAGGGCCUGUUUCUGUGCUGGGUGACUGACUCAUUCAUCUAGGCUAUUCUGCACCGUCUAUUAUUGAGUAAUGAGGAAGGGGUCAGCCAUGAUCAUAUUGAAUGGCGGUGCAGGCUCGAAGGGCCGAAUGGCCUACUCCUGCACCUAAUUUCUAUGUUUCCAUGUAAGGGUUAGUUAGUAGUCUUGUUGUACGUGCCCCCUUGGGCAAGAGUGACCAUAAUAUGGUUGAGUUCUUCAUAAGGAUGGAGAGUGACAUUGUUAAUUCAGAAACAAUGGUUCUGAAAUUAAAGAAACUCAGAACUGCUGUAGAUUUGGGAGCAACAGCAGGAGGAGAUUAGCAAGAGAUCAGACUGAUUGGCUCUAGCCCGAGUGGGAGGAGAGAAGUGAGUCAGUGCCGGGAGAACAGUUGAAAACUGAGGAAUUUGGUUUGUAAAUUGGUAAAUCGGGCAAUUUAUCAGUCAAUUUAAGCAACACGGCUCUUAGGGAGCGGCAGUGAGUGAAGUGCCCUGUGAGUAAAGUGUGAGUCUUUGGCGUGGAGGCUGAGGGGAGGAGACCACGCAAUAUGCUUGAGACGUAGAGACGAAAGAAGGAGAUGUCAGGUAAGCUGAUUCAGUGCGAUGCUUGCAGUAUAUGGGAGGUCAAGGACACCGCUGGUGCCUCUCGCUGCUACAAAUGUGAGAAGUGCAUCCAGGUAGAGCUCCUGAAGGACCGUGUUGGGGAACUGGAGAAGCAAGUGGAUGACCUCCGGUUCGUCUGAGAAACGGAGUCGUUCCUCGACAAGUCCUACAGUACGAUUGUUACACCUAAGGUACUGGAAGAGAGAAGGUGGGAGACGGUGAGAAAGGGAGGGAAGCAUGGAAUGCAAACGUCCCCGGGUGGUGUACCUCUUGUGAACAGGUUCACCCACUUAGAAGCUGUCGGGACAGAAGACGUGUUUACACUGAGCGGCGGACUGGCUUGCGAUGCGAAUAGGGCUGUUGAGCCAAAACCAAAAAGGCCUAAGGCAGGCAACGCCAUUGUAGUGGUAGACUCCAUUGUGAGAGGUACGGACAGGGGUUUCUGCGGCAGCAGACGGGAUGCGAGGAUGGUGUGCUGCCUUCCUGGUGCCAGGAUCCAGGAUGUCACGGACAGAGUGCAGAAAAUCCUCAAGGGCGAAGGUGAACAGCCGGAAGUGGUAGUGCAUGUCGGCACAAACGAUGUCGGAAAGAAGGGGAUGAAUAUUCUGCAGCGUGACUUUAGAGAGCUCGGAAAUAUGCUGAAAAGAAGGACUUCCAGGGUUGUUAUCUCCGGUUUGCUUCCAGUUCCUCGUGCUGGCGAGAGCAGGAACAGGGAGAUACGGGACCUGAACGUGUGGCUGAGGAACUGGUGCACGGGGCAGGGAUUUAGAUUCUUAGAUCACUGGGAUCUGUUUUGGGGUAAGGGGGAACUGUACAAAAGGGACGGAUUGCAUCUUAACAGGUGUGGGACCAGCAUUCUGGCAGGCAGGUUUGCCACUGCUACACGGGUGGUUUUAAACUGAAUAAGGGGGGUGGGGUGUCGAAUGGGAUAGUGGAGGAUGGAGUUAAAGGGAAAGGGUUUCUUAAAUGUGUGAGCGUAGAGACAGAGGGGUGUGAAAUGAGGGUAGAAGCAAUAGGUAGCAAGGUGAAAAGUAAAAGUGGCAGGCCGGCAAAUCCAGGGCAAAAAUCAAAAAGGGCCACUUUUCAGCAUAAUAGUAUAAGGGGUAAGAGUGUUGUAAAAACAAGCCUGAAGGCUUUGUGUCUCAAUGCAAGGAGCAUUCGUAAUAAGGUGGAUGAGUUGAAUGUGCAGAUAGCUAUUAAUGACUAUGAUAUAGUUGGGAUCACGGAGACAUGGCUCCAGGGUGACCAAGGCUGGGAGCUGAACAUCCAGGGAAAUUCAAUAUUCGGGAGGGAUAGACAGAAAGGGAAAGGAGGUGGGGUAGCGUUGCUGGUUAGAGAGCAGAUUAACGCAAUAGAAAGGAAGGACAUUAGCUUUGAGGAUGUGGAAUCGAUAUGGGUAGAGCUGCGAAAGACUAAGGGGCAGAAAACGCUAGUGGGAGUUGUGUACAGGCCACCUAACAGUAGUAGUGGAGUUGGGGAUGGCAUCAAACAGGAAAUUAGAAAUGCGUGCAACAAAGGUAAAACAGUUAUAAUGGGUGACUUCAAUCUACAUAUAGAUUGGGUGAAUCAAAUUGGCAGGGGUGCUGAGGAAGAGGAUUUCUUGGAAUGUAUGCGGGAUAGUUUUCUAAACCAACAUGUAGAGGAACCAACGAGAGAGCAGGCUAUUCUAGACUGGGUAUUGAGUAAUGCGGAAGGGUUAGUUAGCAGUCUUGUGCAUGGCCCCUUGGGCAAGAGUGACCAUAAUAUGGUUGAUUUCUUCAUUAGGAUGGAGAGUGACGUCGUUAAUUCAGAAACAAGGGUCCUGAACUUAAAGAAAGGUAACUUUGAGGGUAUGAGACGUUAAUUGGCCAAGAUAGACUGGCGAUUGAUUCUUAAUGGGUUGUCGGUGGAUAUGCAAUGGAAGGCAUUUAAAGACUGCAUGGAUGAACUACAACAAUUGUUCAUCCCAGUUUGGCAAAAAUAUAAAUCAGGGAAGGUAGUGCAUCCAUGGAUAACAAGGAAAAUCAGGGAUAGUAUCAAAACAAAAGAUGAAGCGUACAAAUUAGCCAGAAAAAGCAGCCUACCAGAGGACUGGGAGAAAUUCAGAGACCAGCAGAGGAGGACAAAGGGCUUAAUUAGGAAAGGGAAAAUAGAUUAUGAAAGAAAACUGGCAGGGAACAUAAAAACAGACUGCAAAAGCUUUUAUAGAUAUGUGAAGAGAAAAAGAUUAGUUAAAACAAAUGUAGGUCCCUUGCAGUCAGAAACGGGUGAAUUGAUCAUGGGGAACAAGGACAUGGCAGACCAAUUGAAUAGCUACUUUGGUUCUGUCUUCACUAAGGAAGACAUAAAUAAUCUGCUGGAAAUAGCAGGGGACCGGGGGUCAAAUAAGAUGGGGGGAACUGAGUGAAAUCCAAAUUAGCCGGGAAGUGGUGUUAGGUAAAUUGAAUGGAUUAAAGGCCGAUAAAUCCACAGGGCCAGAUAGGCUGCAUCCCAGAGUACUUAAGGAAGUAGCCCCAGAAAUAGUGGAUGCAUUAGUGAUAAUUUUUCAAAACUCUUUAGAUUCUGGAGUAGUUCCUGAGGAUUGGAGGGUAGCUAAUGUAACCCCACUUUUUAAAAAGGGAGGGAGAGAGAAAACGGGGAAUUACAGACCAGUUAGUCUAACGUCGGUAGUGGGGAAACUGCUAGAAUCAGUUAUUAAAGAUGGGAUAGCAGCAUAUUUGGAAAGUUGUGAAAUCAUUGGACAAAGUCAGCAUGGAUUUAUGAAAGGUAAAUCAUGUCUGACGAAUCUUAUAGGAUUUUUCGAGGAUGUAACUAGUAGAGUGGAUAAGGGAGAACCAGUGGAUGUGUUAUUGUUUUUUGUUCGGCAUGGACUUGUAGGGCCGAGAUGGCCUGUUUCCGUGCUGUAAUUGUUAUAUGGUUAUAUGGUAUAUCUGGACUUUCAGAAGGCAUUCGACAAGGUCCCACAUAACAGAUUAGUAUACAAACUUAAAGCACACGGUAUUGGGGGUUCAGUAUUGAUGUGGAUAGAGAACUGGUUGGCAGACAGGAAGCAAAGAGUAGGAGUGAACGGGUCCUUUUCACAAUGGCAGGCAUUGACUAGUGGGGUACCGCAAGGCUCAGUUCUGGGACCCCAGCUAUUUACGAUAUAUAUUAAUGAUUUGGACGAGGGAAUUGAAUGCAACAUCUCCAAGUUUGUGGAUGACACACGAAGCGGGGGGGCAGUGUUAGCUGUGAGGAGGAUGCUAGGAGGCUGCAAGGUGACUUGGAUAGGUUGGGUGAGUGGGCAAAUGCAUGGCAGAUGCAGUAUAAUGUGGAUAAGUGUGAGGUGGUCCAUUUUGGUGGCAAAAACAGGAAAGUAGACUAUUAUCUGAAUGGUGGCCGAUUAGGAAAGGGGGAGAUGCAACGAGACCUGGGUGUCAUGGUACACCAGUCAUUAAAAGUAAGCAUGCAGGUGCAGCAGGCAGUGAAGAAGACGAAUGGUAUGUUAGCAUUCAUAGCAAAAGGAUUUGAGUAUAGGAGCAGGGAGGUUCUACUGCAGUUGUACAGGGUCUUGGUGAGACUACACAUGGAGUAUUGCGUACAGUUUUGGUCUCCUAAUCUGAGGAAAGACAUUCUUGCCAUAGAGGGAGUACAGAGAAGGUUCACCAGACUGAUUCCUGGGAUGUCAGGACUUUCAUAUGAAGAAAGACUGGAUAGACUCGGUUUGUACUCGUUAGAAUUUAGAAGAUUGAGGGGGGAUCUUAUAGAAACUUACAACAUUCUUAAGGGGUUGGACAGGCUAGAUGCUGGAAGAUUGUUCCCGAUGUUGGGGAAGUCCAGAACAAGGGGUCACAGUUUAAGGAUAAGGGGGAAAUCUUUUAGGACCGAGAUGAGGAAAACGUUUUUCACACAGAGAGUGGUGAACCUCUGGAAUUCUCUGCCUCAGAAGGUAGUUGAGGCCAGUUCAUUGGCUAUAUUUAAGAGGGAGUUAGAUGUGGCCCUUGUGGCUAAAGGGAUCCGGGGGUAUGGAGAGAAGGCAGGAACAGGAUACUGAGUUGGAUGAUCAGCCAUGAUCAUAUUGCAUGGUGGUGCAGGCUCGAAGGGCCGAAUGGCCUACUCCUGCACCUAAUUUCUAUGUUUCUAUGUCUCCAAAGCCUCCACAUCCUGUAAUGGGGGCGACCAGAACUGACCCCGAUAUUCCAAAUGUUGCCUGACCAAAGUCCUAUAAAGCUGCAUGGUGACUUCCUGACUCUCCAGAAGGUCAUCAGUGAUAGGAACAGAAUUAGGCCAUUUGGCCCAUCGAGUCUACUCCACCAUUCAAUCAUGGCUGGUCUAUCUCUCCUUCCUAAACCCAUUAUCCUGCCUUCUUCCCGUAACCCCUGACACCCGUACUAAUCAACAAUCUACCUCUGCCUUAAAUAUAUCCACUGGCUUGUCCUCCACCGCCGCCGGUGGCAAUGAAUCCCACAGAUUCACCACCCACUGGCUAAAGAAAUUCCUCCUCAUCUCCUUCCUACUGAUAGGGACGUCCUUUAAUUCUGGGGGCUGUGACCUCUGGUCCUAGACUCUCCCACUAAUGGAAACAUCCUCUCCACAUCCAAUCUAUCCAAACCUUUCAUUAUUUGGGAAGUUUCAAUGAGGUCUUAUAGUAGAUAUUAUUUUCUGUAUAAAAUGUAUCUUAUAUAAUCUGUAUUUGAAAGUAGUUUAAGAAGUGUGGCCGUUCUCAGGUUACAGGCCAUUUGGUCAGUCACAGACCACAUGCUUUUUCUCAGGAGACAUUCUGUAAUACAAAGGGCUCAGCAUUUACGACUGGCAAUUGUUUAUAUUUAGAUAGCAAGGCAUCUCUAGUAAGGCAUCUCAGGAUCUGUGAGCUAUGUUUAAUUAUGCUCAUGUUGGGUGGAGGGUAUGUGACCUUUGUAUGUUGAAUUUAUUUUGUUUAUACAAACUGAGGGGACUAAGAUGUUGAGAAAGAAUAGUGGGGCUGGAAAUGUGACAACCCUUUGAAUAAUGUCAGUAUGAUAGCAAAGUCGUAAAGAGGCCCAUGGAAUGUCUCUCCCUAGAGAAGGGGGAUCCCUACAAGGAGGGGGAGGGAGCUAAGAUAGGCAAGAGAUAAUUAUUGUUUGUCACCUGGGACAGUGUUAUGAUGCUGGCUAUAGGAGAUGUGGGUUUGCAAAGACAGUGAAUUUUAAAGUGUGUAACGUAAGAUAAUGUUAGUUUAUAUAUGAUUUAUAAAGAAGAUCAUCUGGGAUAUAUAUAUUGUCCUUUAAUUAGGGAAAUAUGG